CCCCGCCGCGCCUCGAUGGCUCUGGUCACCGUGCAGCGCUCGCCUACCCCCAGCGCCACCUCCAGCCCCUGCGCCUCGGAGGCAGACAGUGGGGAAGAAGAAUGCCGGUCCCAGCCCAGAAGCAUCAGCGAAAGCUUCCUCACUGUGAAAGGUGCAGCUCUCUUCCUGCCACGAGGAAAUGGGUCGUCUACUCCCAGGAUCAGUCACAGGCGCAACAAGCAUGCAGGGGAUCUCCAGCAACACCUGCAGGCCAUGUUCAUACUGCUCCGCCCAGAAGACAACAUCAGACUGGCUGUAAGACUGGAAAGUACCUACCAGAACCGCACUAGAUACAUGGUGGUAGUGUCCACCAACGGCAGACAAGACACCGAAGAGAGCAUUGUUCUAGGAAUGGAUUUCUCUUCCAAUGACAGUAGCACUUGUACAAUGGGCUUGGUGCUGCCGCUGUGGAGUGACACCUUGAUCCACCUGGAUGGGGAUGGAGGGUUCAGCGUAUCAACAGAUAACAGGGUUCAUAUAUUCAAGCCAGUGUCUGUACAGGCAAUGUGGUCUGCUCUGCAGAGUUUACAUAAGGCUUGUGAGGUGGCACGGAGCAACAAUUACUACCCAGGGAGCCUCUUCCUCACGUGGGUCAGUUACUAUGAGAGCCAUAUCAACUCUGACCAGUUGUCAGUCAACGAGUGGAAUGCCAUGCAAGAUGUCCAGUCCCACCGGCCCGACUCGCCCGCCCUCUUCACAGAUGUCCCAACUGAGCGGGAACGCACGGAACGGCUAAUUAAGACCAAGUUAAGGGAGAUCAUGAUGCAGAAGGAUUUGGAGAACAUCACAUCAAAAGAGAUACGCACUGAGCUGGAGAUGCAGAUGGUGUGUAACCUGCGGGAGUUCAAAGAGUUCAUUGACAAUGAAAUGAUAGUGAUCCUUGGGCAGAUGGACAGCCCCACGCAGAUAUUUGAUCAUGUCUUUUUGGGCUCGGAAUGGAAUGCCUCCAAUUUGGAAGACUUGCAGAACAGAGGGGUGCGGUAUAUUUUGAAUGUGACUCGAGAAAUAGAUAACUUCUUCCCUGGGCUCUUCGAAUACCAUAAUAUUCGGGUAUAUGAUGAAGAAGCAACAGAUCUUCUGGCUUAUUGGAAUGACACCUACAAAUUCAUCUCCAAGGCAAAGAAAAAUGGUUCUAAGUGCCUGGUGCACUGCAAGAUGGGAGUGAGCCGCUCGGCGUCCACGGUGAUCGCCUACGCCAUGAAGGAGUACGGCUGGAACCUGGACAGGGCUUACGACUACGUGAAGGAACGGCGCACCGUCACCAAGCCCAACCCCAGCUUUAUGCGGCAGCUGGAGGAAUACCAAGGGAUCCUGCUGGCCAGCAAGCAGCGGCACAAUAAACUGUGGCGCUCGCACUCAGACAGUGACCUCUCGGACCAUCACGAGCCCAUCUGCAAAUCUGGGCUGGAGCUGAACAAAAAGGAGAUCACCACCUCGGCCGACCAGAUCUCAGAGGCGAAGACCAACGACAACCAGCAGCCGAUGUCUCCCAUCUACUCAGCUGAGCUAGACAGGGAGCAGCAGCUCCCACAGGAUGCAAACAUGAUCGAGGAGAUGUGUGUGAAGGAGAGAAGGAUCCACCUAGAGUUUACGUGUCGAGACUUCCACGCUGAGCAGAUGGAGGACAAGCUGAACCUGAACAAUAUCAAUGGCUGUACGGCAGGAUGUUGUGUAGACUCUGUCCCCCCUGAUAACUGCCAUGCUUCUGAGGCCUUAAUGCAACUCCAGCACCCCUUGGAAAUAACAGAGUUUCCUGAUUUGACAGUGGACGAUCUCGAAAAAGAUGCCCUUAAGCUGGAUAUGAAUGUGCACUUGGUUCCUAUGGAAGAAUUCACUUCGUGCUUAAAAGACUUUUCCCAAUCCCCAAAUCAAAAUUCCCCGAGUCUCCAACAGAAUCCCCAGCCCGAAGUGACAGACCUCAGUACAGACAGGAUUGAUUUCUUCAGCGCUUUGGAGAAAUUCGUGGAGCUUUCCCAGGAGAGCCGGUCGCGCACCUGCUCCCAUUCCAGGACAGAGGAGCAAGGGAGUGGAAAGAACGGAGUCUCCAGGGUGCCCGUGCUGGAAGUACCGCCUGCUGCGGACGAGGGUGCAGAUGCUCGAAGGAACAGCUCUGGAAACUCUCCUCAGGCAUCGGAUGACUCUUCCACAGAUGAAGAACAACAAAAGGAGGUCCCCGAGCUGCCUAGCGCAGGCCAUCUCACGAGAUCCCACUCGGAAAAUGCCAUUUCUGUGAAGGAGAUUAUCACAGAGAUCGAGUCAAUCAACCAGGGAGCAGGACCUGCCCAGCAGAAAGAGGGUUCGGCCAACCUCACCCAGACGCCAAAGAGGAACACGGUGCAUGACCUGCCAGUGGAGGCAAUUUGGGCAUCAGAAGGGGUGGAACAGAGCGAAGGAGCCUGUGCUGGACACCAGGAAAAGGAGAAGGACCCUCUGCAAGCUGAGCAAGAAGCUGCACCCUCCCUGCAGCCGUCUUCUGGUAAAUCAGACCUGGAGGAAAGCAGCCCUGGGGGGGAGCAGCAAGAGCCUCACGGCUCCAUCAAUCCUGAGCCCAAGUGGUGCCCCGGCUCCGUCCGGCGAGCCACCCUAGUUGAGGAGCGCUUGAGACAGGAGCAGGAGCACCAGCACGCAUCCCCGGUCUGCAUCUUACCGACCCGCAAGAACUCCAGGAAUGACUCUCCUGCUGCCGAGCUCCUGCAGCGAGGGAAGAGCGAGGAGCCGCCCCUGGAGCUGGCUCCGGAGGGUGACAAGGCACAGGGUUCAGGCGCUGAGGAGCUGCUGCUGCCUCCCGGGGCAGAGCUGCCUGCAGGCAGACACCUGCCUGCAGAGCCCAGCCCGGGGCAGGAGGGAAUGGCACAAGAGCGCAGGACAGUGGUCUCAUUUGAUGGGACGGAGGAGCCAUCCCUGCCCUCCCUCCUCCCAAAGAGAAUUGAAAUCAUCGAAUACACUCCCGCGGUCAAGUCUGCAGAGUGCCCUGACGUAAGCUGUGAGCAGGGCGGGCUGGCUGCAGCCGUCCCGUCUUUAGAUGAAAACUUGAACCCUUCGUUGUGCUCAGAGAAGGCACUGACCUGUCUCAGAGCUCUGACCCUGGUAAAUCUCUCGCUGCCGGAGCAUGCGGUACACAAGCAGGCCACCUUCACUGUGGGCAGCCCCAGCGAGGAAGGUAGUGGGUUAUCUGUUCACCUCGGUGCUGCUUCUCCCUCUGCCCAGGUGACCUCUACACCUUCGGCCAGCCUAGAUCGCUCUUCUUACCCCUACGUAAUUCAUCUGGAAGGCGUCACUGAGCAAAGCACGGGUACAGACGAUGAGCCGGUCAUGCCAUGUGGCAUUGAGGGAGAUGCGACUCUCCCAUUCAGGGACAGACCCAAGCCUCUCUGCAGGAGCGGUGCCGGCACCUCGAGGCAGCUGAGCGGCGAGGACUUCACCAGCCAACGCACCGAAAACAUGGACCUUCUGGACAUCUCUUUCCUGUGUUAUGGCCUCCCCCACAGCUCCAGCAGCCACAGCGUGGAGGAGCACAGCAACAGCCCCGGGCUGGUCAGGCAGCGAGCGAAGGAAAUAGAGGCUCGGAUCCGGCACGCAGGGCUCACCACACCCUCCCACAUGAAACGCUCGGCAUCCUUGGCCAAACUGGACUGCCUGGACCUCUCCAAGGACGACUUAUCUGAGAGGGAGUCAGCCUCUUCCGAUGCCAACCCGGUGCUUCUCACCUGUGUUGCCCUCGGUCGAGGCUUUCGCGGGGGGAGCUUGGAGAGGGGCUCGGAAAGCACGUGCGGAAAGCAUCGUCUUUCCUCCCCAGAACCUGCUAAACAUUUUGUGGAACAACUCAGAACAGCGGAGUGCAUUGCCCAGAGCAAGCCGGUGGAGAGGCCGCUAGCUCAGUACGCCAAAGAGUGCGGCUCCAUCCAGCAGAGUUUGUUUUCCAGCGCGGAUCCGACGUGGACUAGCUCCGAGGAGGGUCCUCCGCUGCUCCAGGUGCAGGUCCUGGACUCCUUAUCUGCGACUCAAGGUCUGGCUGUCGCACCCCGGCAGCAGCACGGGAGAACUCACCCUCUGAGGAGGCUCAAAAAGACCAAUGAUAAAAAGCGGACAACCAAUCCCCUCUACAAUACUAUGUGAUCCUGAGCCCUCGGCUGUGAUUUCUUACUGAGAACCCGUGGUGUUGCGUUCACGCAAGGGGCAGGUGUAAUAUAAGGAACAUGCACUUUAUUGGUUAAUUUUAUA